UUAUUUAAAAUUUAAAAUUAAAACGUUAAUGUAUCUAAUGGGCUGGGCUUAGAUACACAUGGCGGCCUCAGAAGUUCAUGAAGUCAAGAAAGACGCUCCUCUAGAAGGAGAAGAAGAAAAGAAACAGGAAGUAGAGCCUUACACUGUUGAUAGGGAAAAGACUUGCCCUUUUUUACUAAGAGUCUUUUGUAAUGAAGGAAGACAUCACAGACUGGAUAGUUUCAUGAGAGGAAAUGUACCUUCAAAUGAACUACAGAUCUACACUUGGAUGGAUUGUACAUUGAGAGAACUGAUGUCUCUUGUAAAGGAAGUUAAUCCUGAUACCAGACAAAAGGGAACACUUUUCUCCUUUGCUACAGUGUAUCCUGAUAACAGGAG